UCAGAUGGCUUUGAAGUUGUUACAUCAGAAGGAUCAGGUGCAGAGCAAUCACCUGCAUCCUCUCAAGGAAAAGCGGUCGGAGAGGCUGGGGACCCAGCAGAGAAGCCUCUGCUUCCGGAACCUGCAGGUACUGCACAGUCAGAGGAGGGCUGGGACCAGCAGUCUCCUUCUCAAAAUUCAGUACUACCAGAGAGUACAGCAAAUGGGACAGAGAUGGGUAAAGAAAUUGUUAAAAUGUUGGGUAUUAAUGGUUUAGAGAGAUAUAUUUUUCUUCAACUUGGUUAUAGCUUCUCGCACCCCCACACACCCUCAUUCUGUUUAUGCUUGCUGAGAUUUGGUCCUGCAGUAACCUUUUAAGUUUUCAUAUGAGACAUGCUCCACAGGUAAGGAAUGUAUUCUUUAUCUCAAACUGUAGUAGUAAUUUCUAGAUGGCAUUUUAUAGAAUGAUCCUUAUUUCCAGAAAUGUGUAUGCGUAGGUAUACAUAUUUUGUAUGUGCAUUUAAAUUAGCAGUUUCGCCAUCAUUACAGAAAUCACCUUACUAUUUUACCUUUCUUAGAUUCCUCUGUAACUUGCCUGCCACCCUUCUUUAUCCUUGUCUUUCUCCUGCAGUCUCCCAAAUGCUCCAUCAUUUCCUACGCCUGUUCUUCAUUGUUCUGGGUGUCUUCAGUCACUUCCUCUUCCCAACACAGGACCCCAUUUUCUUGGUUCUUCAGAGCAGAACAGAGCAUAUCCUGUUCAGCACCUGAGCACAGUGAAUAACAAUUCCUACAAGCAUGAUUGAGGAUAAUGAAACACCUAGCAAGACUGGGCCUAAUUUUGAUGAAAUUGUCCAGUCUGAAAAUCAGGAACGUUUCUCUGGAGAAGUCAUUCCACAGGAUUACCACAUGCCUGAUGUCAUAACUGUCAGAGUGCAAACAGGUACAAAUUCAUUUCAAGAAGUAGUUGUAAAAGUUGAAAGACCUACCUAUAAUAAACCUUUUCUGGGUGGAUUUAGGAACGUGUCAACAGGAGUGGAAUUUCAUAAUGCAGGAUCACAAACAAAACCCAAAAAACGACCUGACAAAGGAAUUCAGUUAUUUUGUAGGGAAACACAGACGGCCGUGGAAAAAAAUACGCGACAACAAACAAGAAAUACAACAUCGACACAGAUGACUAAAAUUGGCCUUUAUGUGUCAAACACGACAGACAAACUAAUAACUCCUGGAAAGUAUUUUACAGCAGAGGAAUACCAUAAACGUAGACUUGAAGCAGUAAUAGUAUUACAGAAAUAUUUCCGUCGUUGGCAUGCUGUAAAUUUAUUACAAAAUCUGAAGGCACAAAAGAGGUUAAGGCUGGCACAGGAGGCACAAGAAGAAUUACAGAAAAAAUGGGAGAAAGAAGAAAAAUUGAGGAGGGAGUAUGAGAAAAAACUGAACCCUAAAACAAAAGAAGACUUUGAGCUACUGUAUCAUGACUUGGAAUUAUGGAUGCAGGAGGAGACUGAGCGAAUUAACAGAACUCUUACUGGAGCUAAAAGAAAGGCAGCACUUUGUGCACUGCUGGAAGAGGAGACAGAGCUCAUUGCUUGCAUUGGGAUGCACAAACUAAAUGCCAAUAUAGAGAAUCAACAAAAAGCAAUACUGCACUUUCUGAGUCAGUGUGCACAACCUAGGAGGUGGAAAGCAUUUGAUGGAAAAAUCACUGAAAUGGAUACACAGAACUCGCUCCGUGGCAAAGAACUACUUGAAAUCUACCACAGCAUUAACACAAAGGACAUCCCAAAAGAUGAGAGAACAUCUGUGCUGUUAACACUCAAAUGGACAGUGAAGGAACAUGAAUGUAAAUUAACACAGGAAUUAGUGGCAUUAAUUGACAGAGAAAUUGAUCUUAUGUCAAGAGAUGUGAAAGAAAGCAACUUGGAAGGACUGAGGAAAAGAAUUUGUACAUUAUUUCUCCAGUAUAUCAAAACUCCAGAGUUUAACCCUCAAGUUGCUGGGUUACUUAAGGUUCCACAAGAUCCCUUAAAGCUUUAUAAAAAUGUUUACUUCUGUCACAGCUGCGAAAAGUACUUAGCACCUACUGAGUUUCCCAUUCCUGCAAGUUCCCACACCAUUGGCAGAUGUCGCUCGUGUUACCAGCUUGAUAAUGAGGCUCGGAAACGAGAAGCAUAUUUCAAGUACAGACUUAUACUAGAAAAUCUCAGGAAGUCUGAAGUUGAUUAUCAGGAUGAUAGUAAAAUUGUUUUCUUAGUUCAGCUUCCAGAUAUGCAGUACCUGAUUGAGCACAUAUGGAACUGCCAGUCAGCUCUCAGUGCCUGCAGCAACCUGUAUGAUUUGGUUAUGGUCAGGUGGGAUAAGCAACAAGAGUGGUCUCCAUGGAACACUAUUCUCCUCACUAAAGAAGAGGCAGAUGCACAUCUUAAGCUGUGUAACCUUCAGAAGACUUAUGAAGCUCCAUUUAUUUACAGAAUAGAACAAAAGCAUAUCCGGGCAAAAAACUACUUUUCUCGGAUUCCUGCGAUGUCAUCAUUUUUGCAUAGAAAUAACAAUGAGUCUAAUGCAAAUUCCGACAAAAAACAUAGUUCUGUGAAGUUAAAGAAGUGAACUAAAUUCUUAGGUUUUAAAGAAAUACACUUUUGCAUCAAUACGCUAAUUGUAUUACACAGAUCAAAAUAAACUUCUGAGGAUAAAAUAAUUUUAUCUUAAUCAGUUAAUUUAACUGCAUUUCAGGUUUUGUAACCUCAUUCAAAAAAAAUAAAAUGUUGUUAAAGAGCUUUGUAAAUUCUCAGUUUUCAGAGCUAUGAUUUUUUUUUUGUGUAUUCCUGCAUUGCUUGGAACAUUCUGUCUGUAGUGUAAUAUUCCUGUUGGGCAAAUCCUGUUAAUUCUUUGUCACCCUUUAAUUAGAAAAUUAAUAAUAUAGCACUGUAUUAAAUUUAUUUUUCUUGUCUUAAGCACAUAAGGCAGAAACCCCCUCAAUCCCUGGAUUCUUACAGAAGAACAGAAUAUAUAUAGCUUUUCAGAUAAAGCCACUUUGCCCUGCAAACAUUUGUGCAAAAGAACAACUUUACAUUUUGUAGCUCAUCUAGAUGGCCAUAGUGGAACUGCCAGUAUGUAAUUAUUGUAUCCAAGAUGUUGAAAUUAUUGUAAUUAUUAUAAUUUGAGUAUUAUAAUUUAAAUAUCAUAAUUUAAAAUACACAUUUCAUACUGUUUGAAAUAUGUUUACUUUUGAGUUUGUAUUAUUUGAAGGAGUUUAUAUUAUUUGAAGAAGUAAAUUUUCCCCAUAAUUAAAAAAGUUUAUGUUUGAUCAUAGUUACAGAGAAAAACAUAUGGUGUAAAUUCAAAAAUCCAACAGAAAGUUGCAAGGUUCUUCUUGAAAUCUCUAUUAUAAGAUGUGGUUUUGACCCAGCCUUUUGCUCUAACAGAUGAAACUACCUAGGAAAAAGCAGUAGCAUUUAAAAAGAGAAAUGAGCACAUACUUGGCAGCAAACAGCUGAAAACUGAAUUGACUCCCUCAACAGAACAUGAACUGUAGAAUCGGUUUCUGGCUGACAAGUGCAUUUUAACAUCAUUGGAACAUUUCCACUGAUUUUACCAUUAAAUUCAGAAUUUUAGUUUAAUUAAGUUCUGGAUUGUAGUUCAGUACUGAACUAAUUGUAGAAUUGCAGCACACGAGCAUUCCAGCUGGCUUAUGUGCUUUCUGACAUCUGAGCCUUAAGAUAGGAAUGGCUGCUAAGUCUGAAUUUCCCCCAGAGUGAUAAAAGGAGUUUUGAAGUAAAUUAUGGGUUGAAUGGCAAUGAGUCACAUAGAUAGGAAUCUGCCUCUUUAUACAAUUUUUUCCUUCCUUCUUAAGCAUGUUUUAAAAUUAUAAUUUACAACUCCAGAAGGAUGAUUUAAAAAAAAAAAAGGUAAGAAAAUAGUUCAAACAAAUGUGAAAAGCCAGUAGUCCAUUGAUUUCAAUGCGCUGUGGUGUUGGAGGUUUCUGGAAUCCCAGAAUCCUUUAGGUUGCAAGAACCUUUAAGAUCAAGUCCAACUGUUGACACUGCCAACUCCACCACUAAACUCUGUCUCUAAGUUCUGUGUCUGCAUGGCUUUUAAAUACCUCCAGGUGUGGCGACUCCACCACUCCCCUGGGCAGCUUCUUCCAAAGCUUGACUACCCUUUCAGUGAAGAAUUUUUUCCUAUUAUCCAACAAAAAUCUCUUCUGGUGCAACUUGAGGCCAUCUUCUCUUGUCUCUAGACUCUUCACUAGCUUCACUGUCCUUCUGUGGACUGCUCCAGCACACCAACCUCUUUCAUCAUCCUUAGGCAGCAGAUCCCCCCAUCCAGGUCAUUGGUAAAGACAUGAAUCAGGACUGGUGCCAGUACUGAGCCCUGGGAACACCACUGGUGGCUGUGUGCCAGAUCGAUGUGAACUCCAUUCACCACCACCGUCAGCUCUUUCCUGGCAGUGCCAUUUAGUCACACCGUGAAAACUUUUGUAUAAAUAAUUAAAAAUUUGUGCUGGAAGUACAAUGAGUUGGAUGCUUGACUAAUAUUUGGAACAUGCUUUUCCACAAAAUAAGCAUCUUCUAACUAAUGUAGUCUUUCAAAUCUGUGUCCAAAAAACCACUAUUUUUAGGAGUGAAGAAGAAAGGAGAAAAUAUAUGCAGAUAUAUUUGUGAGCUAAAUUUACUUAGUGAAGCAAAUUAAAAUCCCACUCAAUAGGCUCUUCUUGUUCCUUUUUUCAAAGCUUUUUUUCACUUCAGUUGUUCCCAAACUGUGGUUUGUGGAGAUAUAUUAAAAAGGAAAAGUCAGUUUGUUUUCAGUUAAAAGUUUGUUCAUAAGUGAUAUGGUAAUCUGAGAGAAAACAAUCUGGUUAUGUUUCAAGAAGUUUUAAGACUGUUUCUGUAAGGCAGAAUACAGAGCAUUCCCACCAACUGUGCAUCUCGGUGUGCGUGUUGGAAGCACCCAGCAGUGAAGAGAAGGCAAAGCUCAGGAUGUGACGACGGGACCGACGGCGAUCGGAGCACUGCGGAACCCGGCCGGAGUCCUGUGGUUCGAGUUGCCACAGCCGUGGGGAGGAGCAGGAAGUGAGCGUAGAAACCAUGUGGCUGUGUUCCGCUGGUUGCCCAGAAAUGUUUUGUACAAACCAAGUGCACCUCCUACCAGCAAAUAUUCCAGACAAUGCAGCUACGCAGAGUGGAAGGUUUGAUCACAGUCCCACUGAUAGCACUUUGCACAAUAGUCGUUAAUAAGGUAUAAAAUGUACCUCAAUUUUGUACCUCAGUGGGGGAUGAGAAUUUGACACAAAAUUUUAAGGGACAGAUUGACAGGCUUGUCUUUCUCAUCCUCCACAAAAAGGAUGCCUUUUGGUGAGUCUUGGGUUGUCAGUUAUGCUUAGUAUUGACACAGGAAAUUAAACAAUAUUAUUGCAGUCUUAUUGUUAAUGCAGUAUAUUCUGCAGCAGCUGCUUUUGUCACCAGCAAUCCCAAAGAAGCUACA